ACCACCACUAAAUUAUAACACUAGUAAUAAUAGUAAAGAUUAUUAAUAAUUAUUAAUUUUAUUUUAGCCGUUUAAGUGCAUUUUACUGAAACUUAAACUGACAUUUUAAAUCAUUAUUUAGUUUUUUACGUUUUUUUAUUCUUACAAACAAAAUAUCUCAAUUUAAGCACUUCAACUACCAUAAUUCGUCUAUUACUAAUAAUUCCACUAAUUUUUGAUGACCAGUUUUUUUAAAAUCAGUUUUCAAGCUCUUUGUUUUAUUUUUAUUUUUUUUUUUUUUCAUUUUUCAUUUUACAUUUUUUGACUUGUCGUUUAUUGUCGCAGUUUUCCCUCUAAAUGACCGCAUUUUCAGUAUUUGUCUGUUUUUGAACCACAGCAGACGAUGCGCCGAAAAACCUUGCGUAGAUAACAAAAAAGAAAGAUGGGUCACUCCAAUAUUCUUUUUGAGUCACAAAUGACAGUCUUUGUAGUUCUUUCUGAUUGGCUAAGUUGACUCAGCCCUCAUCUGAUUGGUCGUAACCGUGACCAGCACGCGAUUUCGUUGGCCAAUUGAAUUUCAUUCCUGAAUCCAGCCUAUCCAGCCAGCCUUCGCUUGUAUUCGCUCACAGUAGGAGAACGAUCUUUGGCAUAAAUUAUAUCCGUGUAAGCGUUCACUACAUUCGUGAAAAAAUGGCAGAUGACGAAUAGAAAAAAAGUGGAUCUCCGCUCUGAAAACGACCGCACUCGACUACAGAUACGGGCGGGCUGAGCGUCUCUUUACACUCCUGAAGUGGGACCACAGCUCAUCUGUUGCCAUGGGAAAAACUCAGCUAAAAGAUCAGAAGGAUGAAAGAAAGGAAAAGGCGGGAAAAGCAGCUCCAACUCCUGCUGCCAACCCUACAACAGCUAAAGACUCCUUCAGCUGGGAUCAGUACCUGAAAGAAACCUCCUCCACACCAGCUCCACCCGCCUGUUUCCGGCAGUCCAGAGUCCCGCCGUCCAACGACUUCAAAGUGGGAAUGAAGCUUGAAGCUCACGACCCUCGCAACUCCACCUCUGUUUGCAUCGCCACGGUGAUGGGGAUGACGGGAGUUCGCCUCCGUUUGCGCCUAGAUGGAAGUGACAACAGCAAUGACUUCUGGAGACUGGUCGACUCGUCGGAUAUUCAACCCAUCGGCACCUGCGAGAAGAAUGGAGACAUGCUGCAGCCGCCACUGGGGUUCCGGAUGAACGCCUCCUCCUGGCCCAUGUUCCUCCUGAGAACCCUAAAUGGAGCAGAGAUGGCUCCGGUCACGGCCUUUAAAAAGGAACCUCUCAGACCCCUCCAGAAUCUGUUCAAGCCCGGCAUGAAGCUGGAGGCCGUGGACAAGAAGAACCCCUACCUGAUCUGCCCCGCUACCAUUGGAGACGUGCGGGGCGAUGAGGUGUUCGUCAUGUUCGAUGGGUGGAGGGGGGCCUUCGACUACUGGUGCAAGUACGACUCCCGGGACAUCUUCCCCGUGGGCUGGUGUUCCCUCACCAAGCACAGCCUGCAGCCCCCAGGAAACAGCGUGACUCUUCCCAAAAGUCUGCAGAUUCUUCCGUCGUCGCCCUCCAAACCCAGCCGGCGCUCCAUGCAGUCCCCCUACAGACUGCCCACGCCUCUGCCCGCCCUCCCCGUCCGGAAAGGAGUACGAGGCCGGAGGCCCAAGAGCGAGACCAUCGCUCUGCUCAAAGCUGUGGCCGAGGCCGCCGCCGCCCACAACGGAGGCGUUUCCGAGAGCGCACAGGUCCUGUCCCGGGUCUACAAGAAGAGGGGGCCCAAACCUGGAAGCAAGAGAAAGUCUAAGUUUCCCCAAAGCCCGUCAUCGUUACCCAGCAUCCAGAUUCCACACGAAAGCCCCCCCAGCCACGGUUCUGUGGUGUCAACAGUGUGUGUGUAUGUGAACAAGCAUGGAAACUGCGGCCCCCACCUGGACAGGAAGGAGAUGCAACAUUUGCCGGACCACUUUGGCCCGGGUCCAGUGAACGGCGUGCUCCAGCAGGUGGUCCAGUCGUGCAUCGACUGCGCGUACCAGCCGAAAGUGCUGCUCAGCGCCCUGCAGACGGACGCCGGCGGAGGAGAGAUCGUCAGAGGUAGAGGCGGGAGAUGGGAAAGCUGUCGUCUGGGCCGGGUCAGGUUGAGCUCAGCGGGUCCGUCUGUCGUUCCAGUGAGAACAGACGGCGGCGUUCGGAUGAUCAGACUGCCGUCAGCCUCCAGUGCUUCCUUCGUACUGCGCUUCUUGGAAAGCAUGUGUCGUCAUCUUCAGUGUGAGAACCUGUUCAGCAGCCAGCCGUUCAGCCACGGCGCCGCUUAUGACAGGAACAAACCAGUGAAGGAGGAAGCCAUGGAUGCUCCCUCUGUGGUCCGAGGCAGUAAACGCAGUCUGUCUGGAGUCUCCCCGCCGUACGCAGCCCCCCUGUCUCCUAAGCAGCUACGCGCUGAAGCCCACCCGUCAGAAGCAGAGACUCUGCCUCAUGAGGAGAAUGGUUUAAUGAAGGAGCAGCGAUACAUGGACUCUGCCUCCAACUCCAUGACGCCGCGACCCCAAACCGUGCGAAGUUCUUCCGAGUACCACUCCCAAACCAGCAGCCUGUACCACCGCAGCAGCAGCUUCUCCUCCAGCUCAGCAGAGCUCAGCUCGCCACAGCCUCUGAGGCGAGUCGAAGCAGCAAGCUCCACCACAGGCCCCGAGUCUCUGUCGGAGCGAGACCCUCUGCAUCUGCCCAAUAAGAACCCCUCUUCCUGGACCAUUGAAGAAGUGAUGCAGUUUGUCAAACAUGCAGACCCCACGGCGUUAGCACCUCACGCAGAGCUGUUCAGAAAACACGAGAUCGACGGCAAAGCUCUGAUGCUCCUGCGCAGCGACAUGAUCAUGAAGUACAUGGGUCUGAAGCUGGGGCCGGCCCUCAAGCUAUGCCACCACAUAGAGCGCCUCAAACAGGGCAAGCUGUAACAGCAGCCGCAACCUGCCACGCCCACGUUACUCCCCCUGGAGGAACACGUUACAGCUUCCUCCUGACUUCCAGAGUGGAGGCCGCGCAUUACCUCAUCUCCACAUCAGUGAACAAAACGCUCUUCAGAUCUCACCCAAAUCGGAGAAAUCCCAAAGGCAGAUCCAUCCCUGCAGUGUUUACAUGCCAGAGCACACGUGUGGACACUUUUGACUGAGUCCAGAUUCUGGAUCCCCAAAGAUGGAGAAUAAUCCUUCCCAUCCCUCCAGCCAGAAGGAUCCUCGACGAUCUUCCUUGAAGAGAAUAGUGAAGCGUUCCCCGAUGUGUUCUCCAGUCUGGGAAUCAUGAAUUCCGACUUCCUUAAGCUGAACUUUAUAAAUUCCUCGGAUCACUAAGCGCUGCGAGCCCCGGAGGAUUUCUUAGUCUUCGCAGACCUUCCGUUGCCUCUCAAAGGUUCAUGCAGCUCAGUAUCAAACACGGCGUCACAGGAGUCCUGCUUUCAGCACCGUCAGGUGGCGUUUCUAAGGGCUUCCUGUGCGUUUUGGAUCCUCGCCGGUCUGCCGGAGCGUCGUCACUUUGACCAUCACAAUCACUGUAAGCAUGGAGCGCAGCCGCUCAUGGGUUUAACCACGAACGGCUGCGUCAGAAUGUACAUUUUGUAAAAAAAACUAAUAUUUUUUGGUAAAAUCAUAUAGAAAUGUGAAGACAAAGGGCAUGGGUGAGUAUUUCAAAGUGGGGGGGUUCACUUGUUAUUUUUUUUAAUACUCGCGCAGUGCUUUUAGUUGAAAUACUAGACUCCUGCCUUGCUUCACCUUUGACAUUUCUCAGGUUGAUGUGCUCUUUGUUGAUAGAAGCUUUUGUAGCAUAAUGUUUAUAUAUAUAACACAGAAUUGUCCUGUGACCCCGCCCCCUACCUUAAGACGUGCCAUACUAUACUCAACACAGGAUGGAAGUGCUGUCUAUCAUCCUCUUGCAUCUUUAAAAGUACUUGAAAACUAUGUUGGAAAAUGUACCUUGUUCAUUUGUGUCACACCUGACAAAGGAUGUGGUUAUGAUGUGUAUUUUUUCUAUAAAUCUACUAAAGUCAAA